UGGGAGUGUGUGAGGGAUUCAGACCUGACUGACUGCUGCUAUGGCACUUUGGCUGGUUUCUGCAUUUCUGUGCUCUGUAGCACUGCUGUCUACGCUGGUGCUGGGUCUGCCAGUGCAAACAGAGGAACUGAAGCCAGUCCCCAUCAGAGUCACUGUGAAGGAUGAAUUUACCGCCUCAUCAUCUUUCUUCCAAACCUCUGUGCUGGAGGGAGGGGUGCUGUACGGGGCGUUAACGAGACUGCAGGACAGCAGCAAUGGAUUCAAGUUCACUGUGAAAAUAGACCCCAACCUGGGCCUUUAUUUGGAGAGUGUGAACGGGGUGGCCGGUUCAGAGGCUAAACACACCUACUGGCAGAUUCUCUCAGAGCACGACGGCACUGUCACCAAACUGGAUGUGGGAGUCGGCUGCUACCAACCCAAAAAAGAUGAGCACAUCAUCCUGAAGUACACCACCUGGACCAAGGAGUAAAACUUUCCGCAUUAAUAUAGUAAUCUUAGGUGUUUAAAUGAAGUAAUCUUCAUUUAAUCGUCUUUAAACAUUAUUAAUUCACUAGUUAUCAACAUUAAUUUCUGCUAUUUCUGUAAAACAAACUUGCUAAGAGACAUGAAUAAAGAGAAAUGUGUUAAAGUCCUUAAAGCACAGUGU